AUCUGCUAGUCUUUGGUGUUGUCUGCAGCUUCUGUAAAACUCCCUCCAAAUUCACAUUUAAUUUCUUAUGCCAACCUAUGAUGUCUCAGAACUCACCAUGGGGAAAGCUUUGAUGUAGAAAGGAUAACUGUACUAUACUGUUUUUUUUAAGGGAAAGAAAUUGUAAAUCUGAACAUGAGUUUGAUUGUUUUUUUGCUGCUUUUGAUGACAUGAGUUGAAAAGAGGUUUUUGGGUUGCCAUCUGCACUGCUGGAGGGAGGACUCACAUGCAUGAGAUAACAGAUUCAUUGAAGUUUAUGGCAUAAACUGCUUGACAAUCAGAAUUUGUUCCCAAUAGCAAACCUGGCAGUUUGCCUGUUAUUUUGUGCUUUCUUCAUAAUUGGAUGACGUGAGGGAAGGAAGCUGGGGAGGAUAGUUAGAGGGGAUCUGGACCUAUGAUUUCAUCCAUGUUUUAGGCUCCUGAUGAGGAAACCAACUGCGUCAGAGCAGAGAUGUGUAGCCCAGAAUUGAUCUCCGGCCAUCAAGUCCAACCUCUCAUUUUUUGAAAGAGGAAAACUGAGGCUCAGGGAAGUAAAGUAAUUUGGCCAAAGUUUUAUUUAUAUGUAGACAAGCCCCAAAGGCAAGACCUAAAUCUAGCUAGUUCCCGAGUCUCUGAUCUUUCCACUCUAUGGGAUGUUGACAGGCAGCUAAUUCUGUAAUUUGUAUUUCAGAGAAUGGAGGGAGGCAUAGAGUAGUUACAUGAUUUAUCCAAGAUUACACAGCUAGGAUUAUGUCAAAGGUGGGGCUUGAAUACACAUCUUUCUGAUGUGGCUCUAGCCACCACACUAUUCAAAUUUUCACUUUCCCCCAUCAAUACAGACAGUUAUGUUGCAGGCAGGAUCCAAUUACUCCUGCCUUUUGAGUCCGUAGAAAUGUUUCUAUAUCUCUAGAGUGAUCUAGAGCAGCAUUGCCUUGCUCCCCCUAAGCCAUCUUAGUAUGAGGCAGGUAUCACUGGGAUGGAGGGACCCUUGGGAGAGUGAACAGUCAGAUAGUGUCCUGUAGUUCCAGAGGCGGUCCAUUUGUUUCCCAGACUGAGUGAGGAUCCCAAUUUGAUUUGUAUCUCUGGGCCUUCACACACACACACCCCUCCCCGAUCCUAAUCCUACCCCCCCAGCCCAAACGCCGGUCCGCUCCCGCCUGUCUGUCACUCUCAGUCCAAGAGGCCCCAAGUUUCUAGUUGACCGUCUGGGCCUCCGGAUAAAGUUACGCAAAGACUCCCAUUGACUGUAAAGGGGGAAGGCGGGUCUGAGCUCUUGUCCUGUGCCGGCCGAGGGGAGUUUCCAAACUUUGCAGCCAGCAAGCUCGGAUUCCCUUUCCAGAUCCCUCGUUUCCUCCCUCACCCAUCCCGGCGCUCCAGCCUGCUGCCCGCCUGCCCUGUGGGCUCGCCUUGCCUGCCAAGGGAGAGAAGAAACGAGACAGGAAGGGAAGGAACGAGCUCGCGCAGCCCAGAGAUGGGGGUAAUCCCUACUGCAGCGCGAGGUCCCUUGAGGGCGAGCUUCCCCAUUCCUCCACACUCUAGGCUUUGAGCACCCUCCAUUAGCAUCGGCCCAGCCUGGCUAGGCAGGAUGGCCAAGGAGAAACCGCUGUGGAGGUGCUGUGCCUUCCGCCUGUGCCUGCUCUCCGCUGCGCUACUCUUCUGCCUGCAGCUCACCCUGGAGCUGAGGCGUUCCUGGUCCUCAAGGGACCGCGAGGGGCAGGUCGGACGUGCCUCCAGUAGCUCCCCGCCGGGCUGGGCAGAUGCCCCUGCACUGCAGCAGCUGCUGCCAGGAGUGCACCCGCCUCCUGGGGUGCACCUGCCACCAGGACACUCCAGGCCCCCAGCUGCCAGCAGGAGGCAGGUGACCUACUUAAGGAGCAGCCGUCGAGGGGAGGCGGAACUGGGCUGUUGCCCCCCAGGAGAAAGCAGCCACAGAAAGAUCCGUUGGCAUAUUGAUCUCCAGCCCUGGGCAAGUCCAACUCAGUCCCUGAAUGAAGAAGCUAUGAGGUUCCUGAAAUAUAUCAGCACUACUCAGAUUUCAUGCAACCACUUGGUCUCAAGUGGCGUGACAAGUGAUUCUGAAAGCACAAAGAAGCCUUGGUCCAUCUGUCUUGAUGAGAAGUUCAGUUUGUUUCAUCAAAUCCAAAACAAGCGAUGCCGUCUUUACUCUUUGGGACUGGGAAAUGAAGAUACUCAUUUUGAAUUGAGCAUGGCGAGUGGUGGAUGUGAAGUACACCGCUUUGAUCCUAGUAUUAAAUCAGCUCAUGUGCAGGAGAGUCAACAUCUUUGGUUUCAUCGCCUAUCCAUUGAUUGGAGGGAUCCCCAUCCAGCCAUUGCUGUCCACAAACUUCAGACUAACACGAAAAAACUGGGAACCAUCUUGAAUGAAUUUGGACACAAUAAGAUUGAUGUCCUCAAGGCUGAUCUGGAAAGUGCUGAAUGGAAAAUUUUGGAAAACUUGAUCCUGGAAGGUGUUCUUGAACAGAUUGGACAGUUGGUGUUUGAGAUCCACCUCCACUGGCCUGGGUUUGAGAUUGGUGGCAGUGACAGCUCUGUGGUACGCUUCUGGUACAGUCUCCUCAAAGAGUUAGAACUGCAGGAUUUCAGGCUCUUUCACACUUACAAAGACCUAUCCAAACCACAGCUAUUCCUAAAGAAAGAACUUUUCAAUGCAAGUAGCUGUUAUAUUCUCAGCUGGGUGAACAUGAAAUGGAAGUGAAAUGUGAAGUGGGUUCAUGAGCAUAAUUGAGUUGUUUAUGGUAAGAUUUGAAGCAAACAUUUAGAUAAUUACUGAAAUGUCUAGGACCUAUGAGAGGCAGACACAUUAUACAGAGCAGAGGUAUCAAAUACAGCCACAAUAUUCACUAGUAUAGCCUGAAUCAGAUUAAAAUAUGGGAAAUAUUUUACAAAAUAAAUAAUAAAAUAAAACAUAGAUAAUAAGAUAUUUUAAAGCUGUCUAUAUGCAAUCUCCAGAGAUCCUUAUGUAUGGAUUAGUGUCCCUCAUUUGUAUUUGAGCUUGACUUCUCUGAUAUAUAGUGGAUAAAAAGCUGGACUUGGGGUUGGGAAGAUGAAGAUUUAAAUCUUGUUUCUGACCUGUGACCCUAAUUAGGUAAGUUACCCUGAGACUCAGUUUUGGGAUCAAGAAUACCUACCUCAUAGGGUUCAAAUGUAAAGCACUUUGACUCUCUUAAAGUGCCAUAUAAAUGUCAUAUUAUGAAAACCAUUAUUGUAUUAGUAUGUAAUAAUGGAGGGUAAGGGGACACUGGAAGGAAGAAAACUUGAUUCAGAUUCUUCUCCUGCCAUGUACUGGCCAUGUAACCCAAGGCAGCUUAUUUAACCUCUUAAUGUCUAGGAAACUCCAAGAAAAAUAUAAAUUGCAGAGAAAGUGAUGACCUGUAUUAGUAAAGAGAAUUUUGUUAUUUAGGAGUUCUCUAUAUCAUUAUCCCUAUAAUUCUUAUUAUGAGACUAGCCAUAUCAAAUUGGGCUCAUGGUUGACAAGCCUUUUGUGUUUGAAUGAGAGGUUGGAUGGGAUGUUUCAGGGGGACUGGAUUGACUUCAGAGGUCUGGGGUGUACCCUCCCCCAAACAUUAACAUCCUAUUUUCUUUCAGUAAUUCGUUAUCCAAAUCUAUCACUCCAAUGUGCCUAAAUUCUUUUGAAUCUUACUCUAUUUUUAAUCUUUAUCUUCACAAGUUUGUGAAGCUGAAAAUCCUUUUCUGGGUUUGAACUUUGACUUUCUCUGUUCCCCCUGUCUCUAUCCUUCAUGAUAUUAUGGAUUAUAUCACUCUCUUCUCAACUUCUGCUUUGACCUGUUGUGAUAUUUUUCUUCACUCCUAGGACAGAAUCGUUUCAGGAAAUAAUUAAUUUGAGGACUAAAUGAUCACCUGGAUUUGCACAAGCAUUUUAUUCUAUGCUUUAAGAUGGGGAGAGUAACAUGUUUAGGCUAUUAAGAAUUGUCAGCUCUGAUAUAGAUUCCUUCUCAUCCCUUUCUCAUCAUCAUCCUAAUCACUCAGAUCAAUACAGUUCUAAUAUAAGUAUUGCCCAAAGUGCUUGAAAUCCACAAUCUUACUUUGAGCCAUAUAGCAAACCUAUAAGGUAGAUGUGAUUAUCCCUCCUUUUACCACUACAAAGACAAGUCAGAAAAGUUGUGACAUGUUGUGGGUUUUACAGUAAUAAAUAUCUGAGAUAAAAUUCAAAGCCAGGUGUUCUUGACCAAUGCCAAUGCUUUAUCAGAUAUUCCCAACUGCCUAUUCUGGAUCCCCUUCCACUCCCAUAAAACCAAACACAAAGCCUGGUCCAGCUGUCAGUCAAUCAACAAGCAUUUCCCAAAUACCUACUUUGUGCUGGGAACUGUGCUAGCCACUAUACACAAAGGAAAAUGAAAGUCUCUGUCCUCAAGGAGCUUAUAUUCUGUCAGUAGAGAAAAUAUAAGUAGAUUAAAUAGAUGAAUAUAUACAAAAUAAUUAUUGCGUCUUCCCUUAAAAUCAAAUGGAAGUUUCCUGUUCAGAGAGCUGCUACCUUCAAAAUAUGUUUCCUAAAACUCUACUUGGUGUUUUUUCUUUAUCAUUACCCAAUCAACAUCAUUUUAAUGAGAUUUUAUUUUCAGUAGUCACACCCUGCCCUGCUUUGUGGGGUGUUAACACAGAGUUUCAUUAACAUUCACAGUGUGGUUUCUUUUUUAGAGAAAUUAGUUCUUUUAGAUGUCAAGGGUGUUUUUUUGGUGAUAUAGGAUAGGACUUUAAAGGAAAAAGGACUUGAGUUUAAUGCCUACCUCUGAUACUUAUUACCAUUGUGAGAUCUAACCUCUCUGGGCCUUUCUCUCCUUAUUGACAAAAUGAAAGAGUUCAUCUAGAUUGGCUUUAGUAACUAGCAUAGAGGGAGCAUUUAAUAAAUGCUAAUUGAUAGAGCAACUAGUUGGUAUAGUAGAUAGAGAACCAGAAGGACCUGAGUUCAAAUUUGCCUUUAGACACUUAACACUUCCUAGCUGUGUGACCCUGGGCAAGUCACUUAACCCCAAUUGCCUGGGGGGGUGGGGGAAGCUAAUUGACUGACUAUAUGAAGUCUGUCUCUUUCGAUAUCUAUGGCAUCAUCUUUGUUUACAAGAUUUUUAAUUUGUUUGUCUUGCUAAUUUUCAAAUAACCAAAUUUAAACCCACUGCAGGGGGGGAGGAGGGGAAGAGCAGUACGUAUACAUAUGUGCCAUACAGCGCAUUAUGGUUUUUAAAAAAUUCUCUUGAAAAGUACCUAUUCUGAAAUGGAUCAUUUGCAAAUAAAUGUCUUUUGUGAA